AUGGUUCUGCGCUCGGCCAGGAGUAAGCUUUGCUUGUACUUUCUCGCGUUUCUCAUUGCUUCUCUAAUAGGGAGGUCGACGGCUUCCUUGGGUGAUCACCUACCUGAUUUCAAAGAAUGUGUCAAGAUCUGUCAGACUGAAAAUUGUCGAGAUGGCGAUUCCGUCAUUUCACUCCAUCUACGCCUUCUCUUAUGGACCUGUCCAGCAGAGUGUGAUUACACUUGUCAACAUGUAGUAACGGACCGCCGACUUGCCCGCGACCCUCCAAUGUUGAAUCCAGUAGUACAGUUCCAUGGAAAAUGGCCCUUUCGCAGGAUUCUCGGCAUGCAGGAGCCUUUCUCCGUCCUUUUCUCCCUCCUCAAUCUUCUCGCUCACUGGAAUGGCAUCGCUCGAAUCAAAGAAACAAUCCCAGCAUGGCAUUCCCUGCGGCCAUACUACCUGACUUUCGGUUACUGCGGGUUGGCGUGCUGGACAUUCAGCAUGUUAUUCCAUACAAGGGAUUUCCCUCUCACAGAAAAGUUAGACUAUUUCGGAGCUGGUGCGAACGUGAUGUACGGCCUAUACCUUGCUAUAAUUAGGAUACUGCGCCUUGACCAAGGAAAGCCCCGGUACAAGCCGACUCUACGUCGUCUAACGACCACAAUCUGCGUUCUUCUAUACACCAUGCACGUAUGCUAUCUCAGUUUUUGGUCAUGGGAUUACACCUACAACAUGAUUGCAAACGUCGUGGUCGGAGCCAUUCAAAAUAUACUUUGGACGGGGUUCAGCAUCGUCCGGUAUAAGAAGCAAGGCAAAGUUUGGAUGGCCUGGCCUGGAAUGAUUGUGGUGUGGAUUAUGUUGGCCAUGAGUCUCGAGUUGCAGGACUUUCCUCCUUGGCACGGGCUUAUUGAUGCUCACAGCUUGUGGCAUCUUGGAACAGUCAUUCCCACCGCAUGGUGGUAUAUGUAUUUGAUCAAAGACAUCCAGAAUGAUGUCUCAAGCCGCAGACUGAAAGCAUGA